AUGAAUUCCCCUCCGGAGCCCCCAGAGGGCCCAGACGCUCCAGCAGAUCUGGACACCGACAGCCCGAUGAUGGUGCUGGUGGGCAUGGCCACCAAGCCCCUGCAUGUCCGCCGCCUCCAGAAGGCCCUGCGAGAGUGGGCCUCCAACCCAGGGCUCUUCAGCCAGCCCGUCUCAGCAGUGCCUGUCAGCAGCAUCCCCCUCUUCAAGCUUUCCGAGGCCGGUGGGCGCAAGGCGCUCAGCAAUGGGCACGCCAGCCCUGGUGAGGCUGCAGGCAAGGGGGGCAGCAGUGCUGGGACACCCCCAGCCUGCAGCCCCACAGAGCCUGGGGAGAAGCUGUCACCAUCAGCAGGCCCACCAUGGCCAGGGAGGAGCACCCCUGAGUCAGAGGGCGGUGGGGAUGAGGAGCCAGGGGGUCCCCCCUUCUCCCCGGGUGGGGGUGGGGGUGAGCAGCCAGUGGGCACGGAGGUGCUGGAGCCAGAGCUGGUGCGGACGGUGGCAGAGAGCGUGGAGCGUCUGCUGCAGAGCUACCCCCGGGGCGGCGAGGCUGAGCUGCGGGCCCUGAUGAAGCUCAACAAGAAGCUGGCCAAGGCUGUUGGGCACAUCUUCCAGCUGGAGGAUGGUGACCGGGCCAAGGAGGAGGAGAUCCGCCGGCACAGCGCGAUCUAUGGCCGCGGCGAGGCCCGGCGCCGUGAGGGCAAGCAGCUCACCCUGCACGAGCUCAUCAUCAAUGAGGCAGCCGCCCAGUUCUGCCUGCGGGACAACUCACUGCUGCUGCGGCGCGUUGAGCUCUUCUCACUCUCACGGCAGGUUGCACGGGAGAGCACCUACCUGUCGUCACUCAAGGUCACCAGGUGA